AUGACACUUGAAAUCGAGAGAUAUACCCUCAGCACACUAACCUAUGGAGUUCCUUUGACAUGCCCGAUGAAGAGGUACAUGCGUAAAAUUGACCUGAAAACCCCCAUUCCUGAAGGACCUGGCGUAAUCUUGUUACUUGCACAUGGUGCUGGCUUCUUUAAAGAAACCUGGGAACCCACCAUAGAAGACCUUUUUGAACUAGAUAAGGGAAUGGUUGUUCAUGAAGCAUGGGCACUCGACUGCCAGAAUCAUGGAGAAGGGUGUACUCUAAACGAGGACGUUUUAUCCCGUAAACCAGGCAUACUGACGAUAUGGGACUAUGCGGACGCGUUUUCGGCACUUUAUAGAUCUGGCCUACUUGAUCCCAUGCGACAAGGCCAUAAAAUCUUUAUAUGUGGACAUUCCGCGGGAUCCGUUGCUGUGGCACUCUCGACCUCCUUUUUUAACCCGCCAUCCAGCAUUCCGUUUGCAGGUGUCAUUCUCGUCGAUCCACCAAUGUGGGGGACAGAGAAGGAAGGCCAAUUUUCGGACAUGUACAAGAUGGUGGAGACUAUGACCCCUAUCAGACGAGAUACUUGGAAGAGCCAUGACGCUGCUGUCAAAUCGAUAAAGGGGAGCCUCCCCUUUGCAAUGUGGGAUGAACGGGUUCUUGAUACCUAUAUAAAAUACGGUCUUCGACCUCUUCCAACAGCGUUUUACCCCGACAAACAAUCUGGCGUUACAUUGACGACUCACAGACAGGAAGAGAAUAUUGCAUUUACAGGAUAUCAAUUCAUCCGUGAUGCGGUGAACCAGCUUAAUAUCAUCUGUAGACACGUCCCUGUCCAUUUGAUUUACGGAGACAGAAAUGACAUGUUUGAAAGAGAUAUUCAAGAUUCGUUGAUAAAUCCUCAAGAGGGAAGAACCUUUGCAUCAGUCGCGCGAAUAGAGGGCGCAGGUCAUCUUGUUGUACAGGAGGCACCUUCCGCAUUAGCUGCAGCACUCUUGGCCGCAGUUGUGACGAAAGAUCGAACCUUGUCAAGCAAACUGUAG